AUGCUGGCCGAAUGUCUCCUGACUUGCAUUGCAUACAAAGAUGAAAUUGAUAAAUCCCACAAACGCCAGGUACUGAAAGGAGUUGGAGAGGAUGGCUGGCAAAACCACCUCACAGGUGCAAAUACCAACACCCACACCAAAUGUGAGAAGCACGUGGCUAAGGAGAUUCAGGAAACCUGUGAAAUGGACCUUGAUAAAGAAGUUCUCCUGGGGAGUUCUGCACACAAGCCACCAGCAAAAGGAUAUGGCAAUAAUUCUCUUUUCGUUUCUCAGUCGGCCCCUCUGUGUAUACCCAGAAGGGAGUCGCACUGUGAAAAAGAGUUGGAUUUGUACAGGUCUUGGUCGAAUCAAAGUCUUUAUCAGCAGUAUCCAGAUCUGUAUAUUGGAGGAGAUCAUAUUGCUGACCAUAUGUGCGAUUCAGGUUGUAUCAUGGACCAAACCGAUGAUGAACUGAUGGACGGUCCUAUCUUGUUCUCAGAAGACAUCCCGUUAGGUCAAUUGCCUCUCAGGGAGUCUUUACAGAAAUGCAAGGCUGUCAACCUCUGGACUGGAGACGAAGUUGGGGAGCGAAGCAUAACUCUCCACAGACAGCCCCUUUCCAACUCCACGAUCAACAACUACAUGGAAAAAAAGGUCCAGGAACUCUACAAACAGUUUCUGGACGAGAAGCUGACCAGGUGCAAUUCUAUCACACACGUCCUGACAUCCCAUUUGCUAAGUCACAUUGGUGAGGUGAGCCACCAGCUCCCCUAUGAACAACGGGGGGAAGCAACGAAUGCCAGAAAAACUCUCUUCCAUUCUCUAGCUUGGCUUGGCUUGCAAGACACCAGCAAUGGCAACAGCUGUGAAUGUAGCACUCCAAAUUUACAAAUCUCAGGACUGCCUUGA